AUGGAUCGGUUGAAGGAGUGGAGUUGUUGUAACUCAUUUAACACAAUUUACGACUCUCGUAAGGACGAUUACUCCAACGAGUCUGUCCAACAUGUUUUAUAUGGCAAACAUAACAUCUUUGUUUUAAUUGAAACACCUGAAAACGACAUAUUUGGUGUAUUUCACAAGACAGUCACAACACAAAAAAGAGCUGAGGGAUUUUCCCCGAUGAAUGGUUGGGUUUGGGACUAUGACCCUGAAAUGUAUAUCUUUGUUUUGAAAAAUCACACAGCGCCAGAAGCAGAGCCAAAACGUUUUGAACGCAUCGGGUUUAGUGAGGCUUCUUUAGGCAUUUAUCUCCAAGAAAACCAUUUUGAGAUGGUGUAUUUCAUAUCUGAUGUUUUGUCGUUGUUAGACCCUCUUUAUAAGAACAAAAGUUUCAUAGCAAAUGGUAUUUCUAAACAGUUUAAAAUGGAAGGAGAUGAAUUGAUUGGGAGGCAUGGACUUUCAGGUGGGUUUUCGAUAUCUCGGAUGUUGAUCGUUGAAGGUAUUUAA